UUGGUUUGAGGUUAGAUUUUUUUUGAGUUCAGAAAUCGGUGCAAAAAAUGAUAAAUUCCUAAAAUUUCUCCUUAAUUAAAACCAUUACAUUUGCCUUAAAAGGAUCCUUAUACAAAUUAUCAACACGAUAAGUUAGAGAAAAUUAGUGCUCUUCGAGUGCCGCACUGGUGGUCUUUCGUAACAACAAAAUGAACGCGUUAGCCAAGUUUCGGCCGGCGAUCCUUUCGCUAAAUCAGAUAACUCGCUCGUACGCGCUAAAAUCCGAUCUGAAAAUCAAAUGGGUACGAGCGGAGAAAAUCCCGUGCUACAAACCGGAGAAAUCCGGCGACCUGCAAGCCAUGCCGAAGUUUGCCGGCACUGAGCUGAUGAAGGAUUUCCGGGAGUCCAAAGAACUCGAGACUGCCAACGAGCAUGUCCGCAACCUGUUUAGCAUCGAGCAUAACCGGCGCCGGGAGAUGGUGGAGAUCUUCAAAGAGGACAUGGUGCGGCGCGUAUACCGCCACGAACUGGACUACGGAUCGAUGGAGGCCAAGUUGGGCCUUAUGACAGCACGAAUCAGAAGCCUGCAAGAGUACAUGGAGCAGUUUCCAAGGCAAUCCGUGGUGAAGGUCCAGCUGAAGGAGCUGAUCGACAAACGGAAACGAUUCCUGCGGUACCUGCGCCGGUGGGACUAUCGGCGAUUCGAAUACAUCCUCGAAAAGCUAGAUCUGGUGUACAAACCCUACCCAACGAAAUUCCAUUGGAUCACUCGAAAGGAUUCGCUGCGCAAACUGACCGACACACACUGCGAGCAGAUCAAGCAGAGCCGGCUUGAGGAGUUCCGCCAGCAGCUCGAGGCACAGCAAUUAGACUUCCUGGAGAAAAAACUCAACAACCUGGAGCUCAUACGAAAGGAGCAGAUCGAAUGUCAGGUCCCGGUCACCGUCGAAGCCGACCAAAUCAAGGCAGUUCGCAAGCAGUUCGAAGAGUUGAAACGAAAACGCGAAGCGAUCGCCGAAAGCAAAAGGGAACAGGAAGAUUCGUAGAAAUGAACCCAGUGGAGCCGGUAGUAUUUAGACGUUGGCCACUUUGUUCGUUUUAUUAUAAAAUAUAUUAAUACAAAUAAAGUUAAUAGUCUUGUCCAUAAAAUACACAC